AUGAGUGCUGUAUUCUAUGACAAAAGGCCUCUGAGGAAAGGCAUAUGGAGUAUCGAGGAAGAUGAGAAAUUGGUAGCUUAUAUUAAAAGAUUUGGUAUUUGGAACUGGAACGAAAUGCCCAAAGCUGCUGGGUUAGCAAGAUCAGGGAAGAGUUGCAGACUUCGCUGGAUGAAUUACCUAAGGCCAAAUAUAAAGCAUGGGAACUUCAGCAAGGAAGAAGAAGACACCAUUUUCAAGCUCCACAAAACCCUUGGGAAUAGAUGGUCUGCAAUUGCAGCCGAAUUACCUGGAAGAACAGACAAUGGCAUAAAGAAUUACUGGAACAGCUAUUUAAGGAAACGCUUGAUCAACAACACAGCAACUGAUCAAUUUCAAACCCAUGGACCAAAACCCAAGAAGAGGAUCAAGUACUUUUCUGAUCACAAUUACUCAUCAGCAGCUUGUACAAUUAAUCGAAAACCACUGGUUGCAGAUUUAGAAAGCUCUAAUAAGGAGAACACAAAUUCAUCAUCAAGCUCUAUUCAGCUUGUCAGUGAAGUUGAUACAACGAAGGCUUUAGUAUCUGAUAAUGACUAUUCUCUUCCGGCUACAGAAGAGAAUAGGAUUGAAUUAUGUGGAGAACUCCAAACUUUAUGUACAGAGGAAGGUUAUCAGAUUUGGCAUGAAGAGGCUACUUAUAAUUAUCAUCUGAAUGAUUUACUUGAAAAUCCUCAUUUCUGGUUUGAGGAUUUUCAAAUUUCUGAAGAAAUUCAAUAUUUGUUGGAUCAACCAUAUUGUUCAAUGGAAGGUUUUGGCGUUUGGUGGUAA